AUGUCAUCCAUCAAGGCCAUUGAUUUGGCCAACACAUCUGGUGGAUACUAUGCACCAGCAGUAUCUGCUGCCCCAGGUUCACAGAUCAUACAUGUUUCUGGCCAGCCUGGAAUUCUUAGGAACGGCCACUUGCCUAGCGACUAUGAAUCUCAAAUUCAUUUAGCGCUUCUAAAUCUCCGCAAGAUUAUCAUUACUUCUGGUGCUUCUGUCCGAGACAUCGUUAAGCUCACGGUCUUGAUCGUCAACUACAACCCGUCUCGCCGUCUACACAUUAGACACAUACAGCGAUUCCUCAGCGGCCAUCGCCCCGCUAUCACGCUUAUUCCCGUCUCGGCUCUGGCUGUUCCCGAGUGUCUUUUUGAGGUUGACGCCGUCCUUGUUCGUCCUUUGAUCGAGAGGCCUCUUGUCAAGGCUCUUCCAAGACGUUCAGUGGAUGUCGUCAUUAUUGGCGGCGGUUUGGCCGGCCUCACCGCAGCGACAAAAGUUCAAGAACAUGGUCUCUCAUGCUUGGUCUUGGAAGCCCGAGAUCGCGUUGGUGGCAAGACAUGGAGUCGGCCAACACAAGAUGCGUCUGGGGUUGUUGAUUUAGGGGCAGCAUGGCUGAACAACGUUAACCAGUUAAGGAUAUAUCGGCUGGCGAAACGUUUCGGUGCCGAGUUUCAGGAGCAGAAUAUAACAGGCCUAUGUGUAUUAGAAGAUAAGGAUGGACAAUGCAGCACGUUCGAGUAUGGCCAACUGCCAGAUUUCGAUGCCGCUACUGCCCAAGACGUCACCCGAAUUCGAGACAUGGUGGAGGCUGAUUGCCAGGCUCUGGACCAAGCCUGUCCCCAAAACUCCGAAUUUGACGCUCAGACAUUCGAGGCUUACCUACGUUCAAGAGGAGCAAGUGAAACCGCCAUUGCGACAGCGACAGUGUGGACACGAGCCAUGCUUGGCCAAGACCCCAAGGACAUCUCUGCCCUCUUCUUCCUCAGCUACUGCAGAUCUGGUGGUGGUUUACUCCAAAUGAGAUCGGAUGCAAAGGGUGGUGGUCAGCAUCUACGCGUUCGUCAAGGCAUACAGCUUAUGGCUAACGGUCUUGCUGGCGCUCUCAAUAAAGACACAGUCCGGUUGUCAAGCCCUGUCUUGAGCGUUGAGCAGCAUCUUGGAGUUGACGUGAUUGAUGUCACGACAGAAUCCGAAGUCAUUCGGGUAUCCAAGGUUAUUAUUACAGUCCCCAGUCCCGUCCUUAAAACUAUCGGCUUUACUCCCAAGCUCCCUGUUGCCAAAAUGGCUUGGGCAGAGUCGAGCACGUAUGGCUACUACACCAAGGCCAUGAUGGUUUUCCGCAGCCCUUUCUGGGUCAAGAAGGGUUAUUGUGGCCUUGUCCAGUCGUUCACUGGCCCUGCUGGCGUCAUUCGCGACUCUUCAAGUCUCCCCGACAAGAAGUAUAUCAUGACAUGUUUCAUUGGAAGUGAUCCAGGGCGGGAAUGGUCGCUUCUUACAACAAAAGAUCGGGAACGGGCACUCACCAGGCAGAUUGGCAAGCUUUUCGACUCGCCUAAAGAGGCUGAGAGUGAAUUCAUGGAGAUGGUGACGUACGAAUGGACCGAGGACGAGUUUUCAGGAUGGGGCUGUCCAUGCCCUGCUCUUCCUCCGGGUGUUUUGGACACUAUCGGUGCUGAUUCUUUGCGAAAACCUUGUGGCGGUCUUCACUUUGCUGGAACGGAAACAGCAGUAGAGUGGAAGGGCUAUAUGGAAGGGGCUGUGGAAAGUGGUGAGCGUGCGGCAGAUGAGGUUAUCCAGGCUCUCAAGAGUGGCAUUAACAGUCGACUGUAA